AAACAAGAACAAUGAAUUGAAGAGAGUUGGUGUUUUUCAGAGUCCAUUCUUGAUCGCAAGAACAACAUCUGGAGGAGAUACUGUCUAGGUCUACCUUUUAACACGAACAUAAAUUUUCUUUACUUCUUCAGAAGAACUUUACAUAGUUUGUUCAACAACAACAGUUUGCUUCAGAAGCUCGAGCUUUUGUUUCUCCUACCACGCAAUACAAAUGAGUGUUGGAAUCGUCUCGGUUCUUGCUCCGCGUUCAGGAGCUGCCCGCUUGCGGGUAGUUCCCUCAUGUGCUAUGAUACCUCACAGAGAUGCUCAUGCUGCACAACAACCUUUAGCUUUACGAUCAUGGGUACCUGCAACAUCAUCUGCAUCUGAUUUUGGGAGCAGGAGGAUGUCUUUCUCGUCUGCUUCUGUUACUUUGGCCAAGGAGGGUUCCACCUUACUCGGACGGAGGAGCAAUAGAAGAAGCACUUUGCUCCCCUGUCCUCCAAGGAUUCAAGCUGCUUCAUAUUCUUCAUCAAGCGCUGCAGCAAUAGACUUGGAUGCUUCAAAAACCGCACAGGAAGAUACGUCCAACAUAAAAGCAAGCAGCAACAGUGCAGCUAGAGCUACUUCAACAACUUCUUCUCCUAGUACAACCGCAUCUUCAAUCGGUAGCCCUGAAGAUCCCAGCGCAUCCGAAACUUCAUCUGAACGGAAUGAAGUUAGUGCGAAGAAGAAAAAAGGUUACUUUCGCAGACUCAUUGAAGAAUAUGGAUUGCCAUUCCUAGUUUGGUACGAGUCAGUCUGGACUGUUACAGGGCUUGCGACGUAUUACGCACUCUGGGCAGAUUACAUAACAUGGAGUCAGACUGUCGAAUGGAUCGAGUGGGGGUUUAUUAUGGACUCAACGUUUAUUAAUAUCCCCAUCCUAUCGGUUUCCUCCGUUUUCUUAUUCAAUACUGCUCAGACAAUAAGAGAUAAAUGGUCCACACUUGCACGCCUCAAUAUGUUCGGUCCAGAGAUCAUCCAUGAAUUUGGACAGCAUUUUUCACGGCUUUUCCUCAGAUCCCAAGAAUUUGUUAAUUAUUUUUCCAGUAGGUUGGUAUCACGACACUGCUCCGGAGUCAAAACAUGGAGUCAGACUGUCGAGUGGAUCGGGACUCAACGUUUAAUAUCCCCAAAGCCUGCCAAACUCAAUACUUUUUCAUGAUUUGGCCCGUGCUUCGGCGUUCUCUUCUAAUCCCACCGCAGUCCUACCACUUCAAGACUAUCUCCCUGACCUCGCCGCCAUUGACCCCACGACAGGGCAAAUAGCAGUCGCUUUUGUCCUCAACGAGUGUAUUGAGCCGGUCAGGUUGCCCUUCGUCCUCCUCACGUUGCCCUUCGUGAGACCAGGUUUAGUGCGGCUCAUUGCCAAGUGGAAACCGCCACUCAUGAAUGUCUGGAAUCGUUUGAUCGCUAGAGGUCAAUCGGUUUUGAACCGGAUGAAAAUGGGCGCUAAGCAGACGUGAUGAAGGUGUCGUGAAGAUGGCGACUACAGUGCAAAACAAAAAAAUGAACAAGACCAAGAUGAGUACCAUCUGCUGCUUAUGACUGUUUACACCUAAUGAGACGAACAACAUAGUUUCAUGGAUCAUAUGAUGGAAAUCAUGUUCUUGUUGAAGUCUCAAUAUCAUGUUGACCUUGAGGAUAUCACGUAUGGGUAUGCAAAGUGGGGUGCAGCACCUCGAGUCUGAGACUCCUGGAAUUCCAAUUUUGGGUGCCUGCCUGUGGAAAUACGAACCUGUGACUAGAAGUGAUGAAUCGAAGACACAGGUUUCAUGCUAAUGUGAAUUUUUGACAUGAAAAAAUGGCAAUCUUCUCAAACAUGAAAAAAU